AUGACUUGGCAUGACCCAGCCUCUAUUGACCUUGACGCCUGCGGUAGGUAUCAGUUGGAUCAGGCUUAACCAUGAGGACUGAAGACGGAAGUGAUCGCCGUUGCUGACUUGAUCCCUAUAUGCACGGAAGGCACCUCUCAUUGUCGAAAAUUCCCAACAAAGUCCACAUCAUGAAGGAACCAGUGUAUCCUGACCUCCCCGAUUUGAGCAAAGUCAAUAUAUCGAUCAAUUUAAUGGCUUUUCAAACCAGGCACUUAAUGAUGUACCACGUUUUGCAUACUACGGAAGUGAACGCUGAAUAGGUGGCAGGUUUGUCAGUAUCCGAUAGGUCGACAAUGAGAGGUCGCUCAAAUGAGUAGUCGGGAAGUCGUACACGACGGGGAUAUCCCUUAAUGUGGUAGACUGGCGCUCAUCGAUCGCGCUGCUGAACUUAAUCGUCCAGUUGUGCCCUGGGGCUCUCUCACUCGAUCCCCGGCAGCAGCCGUCCAAACAUUCUGCAUAAAUCCUUACUAUGGCCAAAAGGACAACGCUGAUUGGCCUUUUGCUCGCCCGAGGCAAGUCUCGUGUAGUUCCAAUAUCGACAGCGAGAAAGAAGCCCAUACAAAGACAGCGUGACAAUGAAACGACGAUCUAAGCAGACUGCCACUCUGCUGCUUGGGUAGCAGUCCAGCGUUGUUUGCGUCUUCGAUAAAAAAUUAUAUUCUAGAUGUAGCUUUGAUAUAUUGAGUAGUGAUCGAAUUCCAAGCACUGUUUGUCGUUCGACAGUUGCCUUGAUAGAAGUCGCAGACACAAUGUUUAUUUUACAUUUUUCAUAGGAGAGCAACAGUUACAUGUAUCAAUUUCUGUAGACUUUGAUGGCAUUUCUUCUCUGUACAUAUCGCUGGUCGCUACGCGACUGCUUUCGAGGUAUGUGAUUGAGUCCCAAUGCACAACGGGAUGAGCGGUUCCCGUAACCUGAUCGGUGAAAGCACUCUCCACGUUAUUACAUACAGCAGGUGGGCUAACUCAUGAAAUGUCAACCGAAAUUCCGAAAUACGUUUUCAUUUGGAAGAGAUUAAUUAAGUUGGGUUGUAAAACUAAUCAUUGAAAAGCAUAAUUCUAUAAUAUUUCAGUUACCUCAGGAUGCGAGCUUUCAAAUAAACCUCUUUCCAGCUGCAUGCAAAAACUACACUCUGUAAAUAAUAAAUACAUAAGUAGCAGGAAUUUUUCUCAAUGAUUCUCGGUGCCCUCACCAAUCCAAUUAUAUUUCAUGGAAAAAACGAAUAAAAAUAUUCAUUUCUUUGCUCAGUCGGUAGGAGAUUACGUCUUCUUCUAAUUUUAUGCUCGAAGGAGGGACAUAAUUCAGUUUUAAAAGAGUUUCUAAUUGUGGGACUUUUAGAUACCUUGAAAUGGCCGUUCAUACAUCGUCAUGUCUCUGCAUUUACCAAAGUGUCCCGUAAAAUUUAAGAGUGAAGACUAAAUCCACUGCUAAAUUUUAUGAACCCUAUAUGGUCCUUCUUUAUUACCGUGGCGAAAUGUGUGGAUUUCCGUACGCAGAAAAUUUUCGACCUGUAGUUUCGAAACCCUGAACCCAAGUGUAAUGGUAGAGCGGGAUCAAAAUUAUUCGGGAAUGGGAAAAGUUUUUGAAGACCGAAAUCUACCUUUCCUUCGAGUAUAACAUUAGGAGAAGGCGUGAUUAUCUACCGACUGAGUGGAAGAAUGAAUAUUUUUAUGCAUGUUUUCCAUGAAAUAUAAUUAAAUUUUGAGGAGCAUCGAAAAUCAAUGCGAAAAAUCUGUGCUUCAUAAGUAGUCAUUUUUAAAGAGUGUAGGUUUUGCAUGCAGCCGGAGGAAAGUUCAUUCGAAAGCCGAUAUCCUGAUGUAACUUAAUUUCUAGAGAAUUAUGUUGCAGGCUGACUCGUUUUACAACCCUACUUAAUUAAUCUUUUCUAAACGAAAACGCUUUACGGAAUUUCGAUUGACAUUUCAUAAGUUAGCCUACUUACUGUAGUCAGAGCCUGUACGCACCAUUGCCCAGGUAGCUGAAAAGUAUUGUCCUUCUCACGCAGUCACUGCAAUGUCGAGGGUCCUGAUGUUUAUGCCAUAGUUAGCCGCCCAUCAGAACAGUAACGGUUUAACAACUGACUGUUGAUUGCUCACCUAUGCCCCUCCUCCGCCAGACUUGGUUUAAAGUGCUCUUAUUUGCCUACGCAAGUAAACAGUUCUUAGUAAAAACUAUUUAAUUUGCACUUUUCGUCUCACUAAAAUGAUAUGUGCCCGUCAGUGACUGACUCCAAUAAUAGACUUUGCGACUGAGGCGUCUUGGUCAGUAUAACCAGUCUGUCGAUGAUUUCGCCUUAUUUCCCCUGUUUGUCUUCUUUUAUUAGAUGAUAUCAAUUUUUCGGGCAAGCAAGCAUGAUUUCUACCUUCAUUUGUUGUUCCUACUUCAACUUGCCUCCAAAAACACUGUUACGAGAAUUUCACACUGAAGUGGUGCACAUUGAAGAAGCGAUGUCGCGAUAUUUCCCGGAUAGUCUCUUUGUAGAGGAAACUCUUACUGCAAGUGCCGAGAGCCGUUGAUGUUAACGAGGAAAAAUGCACGUGAUCAGAAUGUACAGAUAUGGAGGGGCGGAACAAAGGAAAACAAGUUCUCCCAGGAGACGAGUGAGUUUUGUAAGAACGGUCGGUGAGCGUCCCUUUACCGUUGUGCAUUCCAGAUCAAAACCGACAGGAUAACGAGCCCCUGGCUUAGUGGUUAGAGGCGUUGGACUUUUACCUAACAGGUCGCGAGUUCGAACCCCAGUUUUUCCGCACUUCAGGGUUGGGUAUGACUGGCUAACGACGGUCAAUAAUCCAGAAAUGUCCAUUCCAUUUUCCCUUGUCUUUGUCGGUAAUAACAUUCUGUCUACUAAUAUUCUCCCACUUUUGUGAGUUAAGCGGACGACUCUACUGUAAUUUGGCGUUUCGUGAAAUUUUAGAGUCAGUUUAUCACUGAAGCAAAAGAAUGUUAAUGGAAGAAGUGCCAAAUCUCACUGGUAGAUCCACAAAACACUGUGGUUGACUAGCACAAUUAUCGCCGGGAAGUCUGUUCUGAAAUUGUAUAUACCACUAGAACACCCGAAAACCCAGUAUAAAUCGAUGAGGCCAAAUUUACAGGGCUAUCCGUAUGUACAGCAGUGGCCGUCUUUUAUGUGAGAUGUGUCUGCCGAAAAAAUCGAUGGCGGUGCACUAGAGAAUUAUCGAAAUUAUCAUUUAUAAUCUUUGGGUCUUUGGAUUGUGUCAGUGUACGGAUUUUAGGUAAUUUUCUGUACACAAGCGAGAUGCAGUGAAGUUGCUUCCUAGAAUUGAACGCUAAGUAGAAGCCGGUUCAACAAUACAUUCUGACGAAUGACCAGUCUGUCUGCGAAGUAAUCAGGCUGGGAACGAUCACAAAACCCUGAAUAUGCAGGAUAAAUUAUCUCAAAAAUUAACUGCGAACUUGGAUUAGAUCAGUAUAUUCGAGGGUCUAUAGACGCAGACCCCAGUAGUUACUGGUCAGAGUGGCAAACGCAGAUUUAAAUAUUUCGUCUGUAUUGUGAAAAUUAGAUUCAAAUUAAAUAACAGAAAUUAAUUAAUAAAUACUUCUUUAAUAUUGCAUGGAAUUGUUACGAAGUUGUUUUCAUUUCUUUUCAAAAGACAUUAACACUCUUCAUCUAAGUGCCCCUGAAGCAAAUGCUGUGGAGCUCCAGGAUUUUUCUUCAAAAUCUCAGUCUUACUGUCUAACCAAGUCCUCGUGCUCCGCUGGGUGUACAAAAAAGUAUUCGGAUCCACGUAAUUUUACUUUUAGCGUAAUAUGAUACCAUUCUAGCAUUGCAGGUACUCUCUCUGCUGCUAAAAUGGUAUCCUAUUAAUUUAAUAUAUAUUCAUAGCUGCUUGUCGGCAGUCAAAGAAUACUACGCAUUCAUCUCCCUGUAGCUGAUGGACUUCAGUCCAAAUAUUCAGGCAUCAAACUUCGGACUGCGCCUGUAGACCCUGAAAUGCACUUACCUCCUCUAAGUUCUCAGUUAAUUUCAGAGGAAAUUAAAAGGCAACGAUUACUAAACCGGAGUAUUUACCAGAAAGCACACGGAGAAUGCUAGGAGAGCAACUGAAAAACUAAAGCUCUCACAGCUGUGUCCUGCAGCGGCAAAAUAUCAGCAGAACACGCGCGUCUGGGGGUUUUAUCGAGUACCUGCGCUGCUAGAACGGUGUCCUAUAACCCUAAAAGUAAAAACUACGUAAAUCCGAAUAGAGGUGCGCUCACCUAGCAAAUCAUAAGGACUCGGUUAGACAGCAAGAUUAUGAUUUUGAAGAAAGAUUCCAGAGUUCCGUAACAUAUGUUUCAGGGACACUUGGAUGAACACUGUUGGCGUGUUUUGAAAGGAGAUGAAGACCAUUUCGUGACAAUGCCAUGCGAUAUUAAAGAAGUAUUUGUCACUUAAUUGUUGUUAUUCAAUCCAAAUUUAAUUUUCACAAUAGGGCAGCGCAUUUGAAAUCUGAUUUUUUCCCUCUGACCAGAAACAACUAGGGUAGGAAUCACGAUUUAGUAGCACCGAACAAUCCUAUUCUCAAACUUUGGGUGAAAUCGAGACGGUCCCAUGGACCGGGGAGUUGCUUGGUGACUGUAGUUGUAUUCUGCUUGGGUAGGGGGUUAAUAAAGUUCGUUGAAAGUGAGCGAUUUAUUUCUACAUGUCUAUCUUGUCUAUUAUCUCUUUUACUGAUUGGAGAUUGAGGUUGAUUACAUGUAAAAAUCGUCCAAUCGACGGCCAAUUAUAUGAUUUCUCUGACAAAGGCUUGGGGCUGGGCGCAGAAGCAUGGAACCCCUUAUGUACAAGUGAAUUUUUCCUAAACUUCAUUCGGAUAGAUUAACAGUUAUGACUAGGGUUUUAAGGUUAACAGUUAUGGGGGUAAAGUUAGGGCUAGUAAUACUGUUAGGGUUAAAGUUGGAACACGGAAAAAGGAACUCUGCAAUUUAUUGCGAGGCCACAUGUAGCAUAAGGGAACCAUAUCCUCGUGUCCGACUGAGGAUUUCCUUAUUCCAAGCUGAGUAGCUGCCAUAAAAAUCUGAAGAAGAUGAGCUUGACGUACAUACUCAUUAACAGGUUCACAUGCAUACUGCGCUAAAUUUAAGUAGUGAGUGCACUCAGGCCGCCACACUUUAGGAGAGAAGGAAAAAGGUUACAGUGGAAAGCUUAUCGUCUGUGGUGGUGGUGUUGGUGGCGGUGGCGGUGGUGUUGGUGGUGGUGGUGGUGGGGACGGUGGUGGUGGUGGUGGUGGUGGUGGUGGUGGUAGUGGUGGUGGUGGUGGUGAUCAGCUCCCCAACACUCUGGAGGGAGAGAUAAGCCGACAGCGUGGCCUGAACCUGUCAGCACAUCCCCGCUAA